AUGCAUUCCAGCACGCCCACCCUCGGUGACAUCCUGUCUGGCGUUGUGGGUAACCUGACCCCCGCCGAGAAUGCCGCAUUCCUCCAAACUCUGGCCACCAGGGGUGCCCAGGCGAUCGCCAGGGAUGCUGGCAUUGACAACGGAUCCGGGAGGGAGACCAACGACAGCGCCCACCGUUUUGCCAAAGAAUCCUCGUGGAACACUGACCCCUACGCCCAGGUGGCCGCCAAAAGGCUUACUAGUGCCGACGGAUCAGGGGAGACUGAGGAGGGCACCCAGGCGGUUGCCGAGAAGGAUGUCAGUAUUGACGAAUCGGCAAAGGAGGUUGGCUGUGCAAACGAGCCCGCCCAGGACACUGGCGACGACGUCCCUAACCCCAUGGUCCUGGACACUGACGACGAUUUCCCUAACACCAUGGUCCUGGACACUGACGACGACGUCCCUAACCCCAUGGCCCUGGACAAGGAUGGGGACGUGGUGAUGAUCGAUGUUUGA